AUUUAGAGCUCCCCAGCUGUUUUUAAUUUUUGUACAAAAAUUAUUGUAAGAAACAAAUACUAUUACAAAAUAACAUAUAUGGCACAAACACAUCUAAAAAUAAACCCAUGUAUAACAGUGCAUGAUAACAUCAAAUACUCAACGCUUUUAAGUAAAAAUAAAGAAUACUGGGAAAUCUAUCAGAUAUCUUCUGUGUAAUGUGUAGUGUGGCAUUGCUUAUUUCCAGUCCUAAAUAUUUGCUUUUCCUUUGUCCUGCAGACUCCAAUCCAAAAGAAAAAAGGGAAGAUGUCAGUCAAAAAGGAGAAGCCAAAGAAAAUAUUUCCCCUUCUGCUCGUAUUCAAGAAAAGAGAGACCUGUGUAUGUUUUUAGCACUUCACAUGGAAAAUUCACCAUACUGUGGAAAGCCGAAAUCUGAAUCACCUGCUAUUGGGCAGUUUUCCAAAACAGGGAUUGUCAUCUGUGAAGGACUCAAGUUUGAAAGAAUUGUUGCAAUGGAUUGCUCAACAGAAAAUCUGCAUGCUGUGCAGAAAGCAUUGUUAAGGCUACCUGAUGAACAAAAAGGACGUCAAGUUUUUUUAUCGCGGAUACCUUGCAUAAGCUGUGUAAAGUUUCUUGUUCAAGCGCAAGUCUCAAAAAUUUAUUUCUGGCCGAAUUUUGAAACAGAAAUAAAGAAAAUCAGUGAAGAGGAAAGAGAAGAAUUACAACAUCGAAGCAUACUUAUUAAUAACAUAUUAAAGGAAAGCUGUGUUUAUGAUGCUAUGUUCAUACCAAUACUAAAUUUGGAAAAAGCAAAGAUCAUUGCAUCAAAAGCAAAUACAAAUAACAUUUCUAAUAAUGAAAUUUCUUCAGUGUUUGAUAAUAGUGAAUCAGAUAUAAAAUUUGCACUUAAACUACUAAAUAUGUCAUUUUUGUGGGAAAAAGAACAGCUAAAGAAUGAAGUAGAAAAUGCAAAGAAGUCUUUUCAGAUUUUGACAGGUCCUGAAGACAAGGAAUACAAUUUUCAAAUAAAUGAUGUAGAUAAAUGUAAAAUCCAGCAUGCUUCCCAACUCUGCAAUUUACUAGCUGCCAGAAGUGAUACUUAUAACAAAGGAGAGGGCACUGUGAUCUACAAAGAAAAUAGCAUUGUUUCUGUUGGCUACAGUGGAUUUCCAAAAGGGACAAUGUACGAUUUAUUCAAAAAGAAGAAUGAUGGUAGUUUGAAUCAUAGGAUUGUCGUUUGUGCUGAAGCAAAUGCACUCAUACUUGGACCUAAGGACCAUCUGAAAGGUGCAGAAUUAAUAACCACAAAGGAACCUUGUGAUGACUGUAAACUUCUCAUUGAAGAAAAGGGGAUUAUCAGAACCAUUUAUCCUAUUCGAAGCAAGGAAAUGCCUGCUUCACAACGACCAUCAGAGACAAACCGUGAAGAAGAGGCACUAGUGGAUGACGCAAGAGACAAUACUGAGUGAUUCUUCUCAUUCAUCAAGUAACAGGCUUUGGGAAAACAAACAAAAAAGCUCAGUGACCAUUUCUUUGGCUACACCUGCCUUCACAAGAUGCAAGAUAACAACAUUUAUCUAUUUAUAUCAUGUGUAACAUUUUGCAAAAUGAACUAAAAUUAUCCUUAAUUUUGGGGAAAGCUUUAAAAUCAUUCUCUGGGAAAGCUUUAAAAUCAUUUAUUUGUUGUAGAGCAUUGAUAGUACAUUAUGUUGUACUUUGUGUUAAGGAAUGUAGUGUUCUGUACAGUCGAAAUGAAUCCAGAUUCUCUUCCAGUCAGUCUGAAAGGGUUACAGCUAACUUGGUCCUAUAACGAUCAAAUAGAUUCAUUAGGUAUUCUGAGAGGAUCCCCAGGAAGAUUCUAGGUGCAGAUGAUAAUGGGCCUUAUAUCCCUAACUGGAACUCCAGGCUCUUAUUUUAAAACCUUCCACUGGUAUUCAGAAUUAGAGGCUCACAUGUAUGAAGAUCCUAGUCUCAGAGUGUGUGCCUGAGACUUCAAAACCGAGAAGCAAAAAAGAAUCAAAAGCCUCUGAUGGAAAAUUAGUAUGCCAGCUAGGGAAGAGAAAUUUGAUUAAGUUUGCAUUUAAUAGCAAGCCUACUUAAUUAACAUUUUCCAAAACAAUAUUACGGUGAAGUGUGUACAAAAAUGCAUUUAUAAGUGAAAAUAACAUUUAAAAAUCCAUGUUAGAGAAAACUGCUCUGCAAAAAUGUGUAUAGUUGGCAAAAUUGCAUACAGACGUAUUAGGGGAAAUUCACUGAUGAGGAGGACUUCAAAAAAAUCACAAACUGAUGUUGAAAUGUGGAGAACCGAACUUAAGAUGAGAAAAACGAGAAACCAACAUUGAAUGAUUUGCCCAUCCUUGGUAUCAGCUGUAUGGUUACAAAGAUGGUUUUAGUUUUGGCUUCACAGCUACUGCCAAAAGGCUGUUGAAGAACCAGAUGGCGCAUGCUAAGUCACCAAUAGAGAAUGGUCUCAUCUGCUAGUCUCAUGCAUAGACCAUGCAGUGGUAACACUUAAAUGUUCUUGCAGGUAACAAUUCUAUUUAAUUGUUGCAAACAGCCUCACAUUCUUAGAGGAUGGCACACUAGACCAGAAGUUCAAAGGCAAUGUAUAGCUAAGGAGCAUGCCAAUUAAGUAACAUACACAGAUGCUGGGAGGUUCAAAGGAAUGUGAUGGGGACAGCACAAAGAAAAGGUUAGAUGGGACUGGCUGGUGAAUGGUGGCAUCAUCAUGCCCUGGUACUCCCAUGGCUAGAACAAAAAUAUAAAAAACCAGGGAAUGGAGGCUUCCAUUCUCCUUUGGGAGCUCUCUGGUGUAGAGAAAGCUGUUAGGGAUAAGUUUUUCUCCUCUCAUAAUAUUAGAACUCGGGGGCCAUUCAGUGAAGCUGAAUGUUGGAAGGUUCAGGACAAACAAAAGAAAGUACCUGUUGACACAGACCUUAGUUAAAUUUUGAAAUUUGCUCCAACAGUAUGUAUUGAUGGUGACCAACCUGGAUGGCUUUAAAAGAAGUUUAGACAAAUUCAUGAAAGAGAAAGUUAUGUUCUCCACUACUGGAGGCAAUAUGCCUCUGAAUACCAAUAGCUGGGAACUCCAACUGGGCAGAGCACCUUUCCUGCUUGUGGGCUUCCUGUCGGCAUCUGGAUGGUCAAUGUAAGAAGAGGAUGCAGGACUAAAUGGGUCUUUGGCCUGAUCCAGCAGGGCUCGGCUUAUGUGUAAGUCCAGUGGUGGCUGGUGCCUAUUGGGACUUGUAGGGCAAAAGGCAAGGAGUCCAACAGUAGAUGGAGGCAGAGCCAAUCACAUGCCAAGCCCAUCCCCUGACUUGUUGACUGUAAGAAAGCAGGCAGAUGGGGUCUGGCUAAGGGUAGACUGAGGUUGGUGGCGCAGCGCCCCAUUUGCCCUAAUGGAACAGCCUCUGCUGCUCAUAUCCUUUGGGAGGCCCCCUCACUCUCAGCUUUUUUGUUUAUGAUUCUCCUCUGGAACCAAGGAAUCUUGGUAAAUUAUGGGCUUCAAUUCUGCUACACUUUUAUACUUUUAUGCUUUUAACUUUUUAGCUGAUUCUUUGGACUUAGAAUUGUUUUAAGUCUCUUUUAAAUAUAUUCUGAGAUUUUGUCUUUGACUCAUUUCUGUAGCAAAAAGAUUAUGUACCCACCUUGGAAUCAUCCUGGAACAUAAAUUCAAUCACACUAUUAUUGAUUGGUUUUAAUUCAGUUUACCUGUACCCCUCCUCCAACAUUUUAGGAUCCUUUUUGUAUUUUCAAACUCUUUUCAAAAUAUGUAACCGUUUCCCGUGCUGUUAGGUUUGAAUUUCAUUUUAGUGAAUCUUUUAAAAUUCUGAACACCUUUUAAGUCAAUUUCAAUGCCUUAGCUUUCAUAUUUAACUAUUCUAGUGCCACAUCUAAUUCUUUAAGUGCCUAGGGAAACUUUACCAAUGUUUCAGCUUCGCAUUUAAAAAUUCAGGUAGUGUGCAAGAGGAAAUUAAGCAGAGGUAGGAUUAUAUUGUAUGUUUUAGCUUCAGUACUUCAUAUCAAAUAGUGAGCAGGAGCCUGUUGAGAGGAAGUCAUAUCAUAUUAACCAACUGUUCUGCUUGUUGCUUCUGUACCAGCUUUUGGAACUUCAUGCCUUUAGUUUUAUCUUGAGUUUCUUUUGCAUCUCAUUGCAUGCUAAUCAUAUAGGCUCUUCUAGAUGCUCAAAUAACAACUCAGUACAAAGCAUUAAUUCCCUGGGUUGAAUCAAACUAAAAUUUUUUUGAGUAGAUCCACUUGAAUCAGUGGCCUCAAGUUAAAUAAUGACUAAUUGAUUUUAAUGACUUAGACGCAGAUUGGUUCUAGAUCUGUAUCAUCUGUAGUUAAAUU